UCAAAUCAUUUGCUUUUAUUCUUAAUUGCCUGUCAUUGUAAAUGACAAAGCAACAAAAGCGAUCUUCAUUAUUAUGAUUUAUAUUGGCAGAUGUCAAAUAAUGUCAAGUAGUAAAGUUUUGUUUUGCUUAGCAAAAUUUCAAAAAAAUUACAUUUACAAUGGAUGCCAGUUUCUAAGGACUUAUUCGCGAAAAGUAAGUAACAAUAAUGGGCCCUUUAAAGUGGUGAAAGGACGUCAAGAGACAGGUUCCAACUUAGUAUGGCGAGAUCCUAGUUUUGAGCUGCUGGCGUCCAAUGGAUUUCCAUUGUUUUUGCGGGGAAAUAUCGGUCUGGCUUGGUAUGAUACACACACCACCAUCAAGACCCAUCACGAAGUGAUCAUGGAGCAAAUGGACGACACCAGUGACCAUCCAGAGGCAGACAUGCUGCUGCGGGUUCAAACUUGUCCGACUGUGUUGCGCCAGACGGUUUGCGAAUUGUUCCCGUACAGGCCCUUGCAGAAAAGCGAACUGUCUGUUAUCACCAUCAACUUGAAACCCGAUGGAAAACUGAUUAAAUCCAACAAGGAAGUGGAAACGGAGAGAAUGGCCCAAAUGUUCCUCAUAACUGCUAAAAAUAUUUGUUCCAAGCUGCGCCAUAAUGGCUACUGGGCAGACUUCAUUAAUCCAUUCUCAGGGCGGCCCUACUUGGUGCCCAGCGGAUCGAACGAACUGUACAAGUCCGAUGAGAAGUUUCGUUGCCUAGACUUUCAGAUAUUUGAAAUAGAUGAGUGCAAAGUGAUUUCCAACGAGGGCACACUCAGCAAAAGAUUCAUAGAAUAGAAUAGAAGUAGACGUUCUUGUUAGUUUGGAUGUGGAUUCAAGUGAGUCGUUGGUUUGUUUUUGCAGGAAGUCUUUUCACAAAUGCUCCCUGCAAUAAGCAACAUUUGAACACGAUUUUCACUGCAACCAAUUGAAGGGCCAACUAUGUUAGCAAACAUAAUUAAGCAGUCGUAAUUAUGUACAUAUUGUGUGAAAAUGGGAAUAGAAAAAUUAUCGACAAGUG